UUCAUUCUGACUGCACUCCUCUCGUCUGCCCCUACAGUCGGCAGGCACAGCGACCUUCUUGGCGUGAGAUUUUUGGUUCUGGUGUGCUCUAGGGUGAGGCUGGGUGUUCCAGCAGCUGGGCUACGCUGGGAGGAAACCCCUAAAGUGUCAGAAGGCUACCGGACGUCAUUUCCGAGAGUCAGUGUAUCUUCCACAGCAUCUGGAAGAACCAUGGCAACAGCUCCUGAUGCUGCUUUUGAGACCCUCAUGAAUGGAGUGACCAGCUGGGAUCUUCCUAAAGAAUCCAUUCCCAGUGAACUCCUUCUUACUGGGGAGGCCGCCUUCCCAGUGAUGGUGAACGACAAGGGCCAGGUGCUCAUUGCUGCCUCUUCCUAUGGCCAAGGCCGCCUGGUUGUCAUAUCCCAUGAGGGCUACUUGUUGCAUGCUGGCUUUACCCCAUUUCUUCUCAAUGCAGUGAGCUGGCUCUGCCCCUCCCCAGGGGCUCCCAUUGUAGUGCAUCCCUCCUUGGCAUCACUAGUAAACAUCCUAGGUGACUCUGGCAUAGAGGCGCUGGUUCAGCCUGAACCUGGAGAGACUCUGGGUGUUUACUGCACGGAUGCCUACAAUGACAGUUUGACUGAGAAGCUGGUCCAGUUUGUGAAGCGUGGUGGGGGCUUGCUCAUUGGAGGCCAGGCCUGGUACUGGGCCAGUCAACACGGCAGUGACAAGGUGCUAUUCAGUUUCCCUGGGAACCAGGUGACAAGUGUGGCUGGAGUGUAUUUCACAGAUGUCUAUGGGGAUGGUGAUAGGUUCAAGAUCUCCAAGAAGGUACCCAAGAUCCCACUCCAUGUCAGGUGUUGGGAGGAGCUCGGGCAUGACCAGGAGCAGCUGCUGGUUGGGAUCUCUGAGUUGGACAUCAAGACUGGAGGUGUCCCCUCACAGCUGUUGGUGCAUGGGUCCCUGGCCUUCCCUCUGGGGCUCAAUACCUCCCUCGGCUGCUUCCUAGCAGCUGCCCACUAUGGCCGUGGUCGUGUGAUACUGGCUGCCCAUGAGGCCAUGCUCUGUGCUCCUCAGAUGAAACCAUUUUUGCUCAAUGCUGUACGUUGGUUGGCCAGAGACCAGAGAGGCAAUAUUGGGGUGAACAAAAGUCUCAAGAAUCUGCAUUCCCUGUUGUUGGAGCGUGGCUUGAGUUGCAGCCUGAAGUCUCAUUUGACCAGUGACAUGUGUGUCUACUGCUGUGGGGCCUAUAGUGAUCAGGAUGCCAAGAAAAUACAGGAGUUUGUCGCUGAGGGUGGGGGGCUGCUCAUUGGUGGCCAGUCCUGGUGGUGGGCUUCCCAGAACACAGGCAGCUCUGCCUUGGCAGGUUUCCCUGGGAAUGUCAUCCUCAACACCUUUGGCCUCAGCAUCCUGCCUCGGACCCUCAGCCCAGGCUGUUUCCCUGUCCUUCCUACAGAGAUAAGGAACUACCACUUUCGAAGGGCUCUCUCUGAGUUCCAGGCUGUGUUGAACCACAAGGGUGGGAACUUGGAAAAGAAGUAUUUGGCAAGGUUGGGAGUAGAUGCGGCAGGCUUCCUUCAGAUUCCUGCACAGGGGAUUCCUGCUUACAUGUCUCUGCACCGGCUGCUGAGGAAGAUGUUGAGACAGGCAGGCCUCCCAGCUGUGAGCAAGAAAAAUCCAGUUUCCGGUCACUCCUGUGAGGCUGCAAUGCUCCAUCUGGCCACAGAGCUGGCACAUUCUGGGACUGAUUGCUCCCAGCUAGCCCAGGGUCUCGGCACUCAGACCUGCUCCUCCAACCUCGGUCCCUCAGAGCAUCCCAUCACUGUGGAGAUCAGUGGAACCAACCCAGGUAACGGUGACACCUGGAUGAGCACUGGGCUCUACCUUCUGGAAGGUCAAAGUGCAGAGGUCUCUCUCUCUGAAGCUGCUGCCUCUGCUGGCCUGAAGGUACAGAUUGGAUGUCACACCGAUGACCUAAGUGAGGCCAGGAAGCUGUCUCGAGCCCCUGUGGUAACUUACCAGUGUUGUAUGGACAGAACUCAACGGUCAGUCUCCUGCCUCUGGGGUGGUCUCCUCUAUGUCAUUGUGCCCAAAGGCUGUCAGCUUGGUCCUGUCUCUGUUACUAUCAAGAAGGCAGUGCCUGCUCCGUACUACAAGCUAGGUAAAACAUCCCUAGAGGAGUGGAAGAGCUGUGUCCAGGAUAACCUGUGCCCCUGGGGAGAGCUGGCUACAGACAACAUCAUCCUGACGGUACCAACUGCAAGCCUCAGGGCUCUGGAGGACCCAGAGCCUCUGCUCCAGCUCUGGGAUGAUAUGAUGCAAGCCGUGGCCAGAUUGGCAGCCCAGCCUUUCCCUUUCCAAAGACCUGAGAGAAUUGUUGCAGAUGUGCAGAUCUCAUGUGGCUGGAUGCAUUCAGGAUACCCCAUCAUGUGCCACCUGGAGUCUGUGCAGGAGCUCAUCAAUUUGACAUCCAUGAGAAGUACGGGCCUGUGGGGACCCAUCCAUGAGCUGGGCCACAAUCAGCAGCGCCAUGGAUGGGAGUUCCCUCCCCAUACCACCGAGGCCACCUGCAAUCUCUGGUCAGUCUACGUGCAUGAGACAGUUCUGGAGAUUCCCAGGGCUCAAGCCCACCCCGCACUGAAACCUGAAGAACGAGAGAAGAGAAUCAAAGACCACCUUCAGAAGGGAGCACCCCUGGAUAACUGGAAUGUCUGGACAGCGCUGGAAACAUAUCUGCAGCUCCAGGAGGCCUUUGGGUGGGAGCCAUUCAUGCACCUCUUUGCUGAAUACCAAAACCUCUCUGGCCUCCCCAAAGACAAAGAGAGCAAGAUGAACGUAUGGGUGAAGAAGUUCUCUGAAGCCGUGCAGAAGAACCUGGUCCCUUUCUUCGAAGCCUGGGGCUGGCCUAUCCAGAAGGAAGUGGCUGAUAGCCUGACCUACCUGCCUUGCUGGCAGGAUCACCCUCUGAAGGUGUACAUGAGUACGGAGGAGUAAGGGCUACAGAGCAGGUGGGGCAGGGGUGGGGGUGGGGUGAGGAAGGACCCUGCCACACUGCCAACUUCACCACUGUGUUCUGGCUUGAGGCACUCACUGCCUUAACUAUUUUUUCCUCAAGCAUUUGUCUUUAAAAUAUAUUUUAGGUUGUUUUGAAUAUCAUUACAGGCUUUCUUUAGAGCCCAGAGCUGCUUGUGAUAAUGAACCUAGGGAAUAUUCCUUUUCACAUUCCAUCAAGCACAUCCUCAACUCAGGGACCAUCUCCUUAGAUAGUAACAUUCCUUAGGUAUUUGGCAAGUGCUUUGCACAUGAAAGGCAUUAAGGAAAUAUGUGCUAUAUGAAAGAACACGAAGGUCUCCUGACAUAGACGGAAAAGUCAGUCCAUUGUCCUAGGAACUGCGUACAGCAGUUUCUGAGUUAUGUGAGCAAUAUUCCAGCAGACUUCCAAGGAAAAUACAGUUAACAUCACCUCAUCAUACAGGAGAAAAUGACAUGGAUAUUAAACAACUUCUGCAGUCAAAACUGCAAAGAGGAGGUGUCAGGGUUUGGCAGAUGUCCGUAACAGUGAUAGACUGUAGAGCUUAUCCUCGACAGAUUUAUAAUUGUAACAAAAAUUUGCCUAAAAGAUAGAUGCAAGUUUAAAGACCUCUAUUUUCCCCUGUGCUAAUUAUUGCAUUUUGACUAAAUAUCAGAUUGAAUCUCUAAAUGGUUUUGGUGUCUGAUUUUCUCGUUACCUCAGCCUAGACUCAUCUGCCUUAGGGACCCAGCCUUGGGAAGGUAUUUGAACCAAGGCAUUUCAGUUCCCCAACUGGUGAUGUCUUAAUCCUGAUGGGAGGAAGGGGUGAGUAGAGGGAUGAUGCUGGAAUUAGGAGGUUACCUAGGAGACAAAACUGAAACCUAAGCUUGUACACACCUCUGUGUAGGACCUGGAGCCCUGUGGUGGUUUCUUCUCAUUCCUGCAGACAGACACUAGCUUUGCCUCUUAUUUUAAUGCUCAUGGUGUAUUUUUUUUUUUUCUUGUCUGUGGCUGCAACUUCCUCAGGUUAGUCUUGGAUGCAUAAAAACCAAUUUUAUGCCUUCAAUUUUAUUGUUCUAAGUUUAGAAACCAUAUUAGGAGAAAAAAAUUCAAGAAUUUUAAGCUAAGACAAAGUCCCAGCACGAGUGUUGGGGGGGGGGGGGAUCAUGAAGUCCCACCCCCAGCUGAAGAGCUGAUGGCAAAGUAUAGCCAUCAGUUCUUCUUUGUCUACAAUACAAAGAGUCAAGCUGGUUUGGAAGAGGUUGAUUUACUUGUAGCUGAAGCAGGCGCAGGAUCCCAGCUUGGUACAUCUGAUUCAUACCUUCUAACCUCAACUAGUUCCAGUAAUGGAAGGUGGUCCAGGUCAAGCUGAUGAAUGGCAGGUCACAGACUUCUAUUGCAUAGACUGGAAAGCAGACAUUGCUUUGGUAUUGCGGACAAAAGCUUGAUUAGAUUGCCCAAAGCUUCAAUCAUUGUAGUUAGACCAAGAGACA